AUGCAAUGGAUCAACAAUGCCCCCCAACACCCGACAUACACCGACGACCAGCUCGAGUCAUACCUGCAACGAAUCGGGUACUCGCAAUCUAUCCCAUCGAAGAGUUCCCCUUUGCAUUAUGUUCGCCAGAGCAUUAAAGACAAUGAGCUAGAUGCACUGUCAACUCUACAGAAACUGCAUCUCGCCGCCAUUCCCUGGGGCAACUCGGCACUGCACUACUCGCAACACCAUACCAUUUCUCUGCACCCUCAGAGUCUGUACGAGAAGAUGGUCGAGCGCCGUCUCGAUGGGUACUGCAUGGAGAACACGGGGUUCUUUCUUGUUGUCCUACGCUCCCUCGGGUAUCGGGUGUAUGCCACCGGAGGACGAGUGAGUCAGGCCGCGGCGACGGGGGUGGACAAUGGACUAUAUGUGUCUCUCGGGCAUAUGAUCUUGAUUGUGAUUAUCGAUGGAGCCAAGUAUAUGGUUGACGUCGGGUUUGGGAAUAACAAUCCCACAGCUCCACUGCCCCUGCAAGAGGGCGCCACUGCAACCUGCAUUCGACCCUCGGAAAUGCGCCUAAUCCGAGACAGCAUCAUCGAAUUCACCGACCCAACCCAACGGGUCUGGAUCUACCAGACAAGAUAUAACCCAGAGAGCAACUGGCUGCCGAACUACUGCUUUUCCGAUGUCGAGUUCCUACCGCAGGACUUUGGAGUCAUGAACUUUUCUACGAGCCAAAAACGGACCAGCUGGUUUACCCAGACAGUUGUCUGCACGCGGAUGGUCCUCGACCAGACUACCAAGGAGGUCAUCGGGCAGUGUAUAUUAUCAGGGAAAGAGGUGAAGCGCCGGGUGCAUGGGCAGUCGGAGAUUCUGCAGGUGCUCCGAACUGAAGAUGACCGAGUCCAUGCUCUAGCGGAACAUUUUGAUAUGCAUCUCUACGAGACGGAAAUCCAAGGGAUCCGGGGCAUGGUCUCAGAACUCAAAUCAGGACCGGCGGAGUAG